AAGAGGAAGAGAGACGAGGGCGGGAAGGCAUGGAGGGGCACAAAGAAACAGAGAUGGUCGGACAUGAUAUGGAGAAUGCCAUUCAUUCUGAUUCAUCAGAACACGAAACCCUUCCACCUUGCCUCCCCCAAAAACCAAAAGGAGGGUGGAGAGCCAUAUUUUACAUUCUAGGGAAUGAGUCUUUUGAGAGGCUGGCUGCGAUGAGCUUGCAGAUGAACCUGCCAGUGUAUUUGAAGACAAAGUACAACUUGUAUGGAGUGUUCUUGAUCAACGUGGUCAGUAUAUGGUCUGGUUGCUGCAAUGUACUGCCUCUGGUUGGUGCUUUCGUUGCUGAGAAGUAUCUGGGCCGGUUCCGAACUCUCCUGCUUGGCUGCACGGUUUCUUUCAUGGGAAUGGGGAUGAUGACAUUAACUGCAUCUAUACCUCAACUAAGACCCUCCCCUUGUAAUUCUCAAACUGAUUGCCAACAGCCAGAUUCCGGUGACCUGACCUUCCUAUUUGCCUCUCUUGGAUUGGUUGCAAUUGGUGCUGGAGCCGUCAGACCUUGUUGCAUUGCCUUUGGAGCCGAUCAGUUUGCAGACACCACCGAAAAAGGAAGAAAGCAGAUGCAAAGCUUCUACAACUGGUGGUACUUGUCGUUCACCGCCACACUGAUUGUAGCACUCUUGAUCGUCAUCUAUGUCCAAAGCAAGAUCAGUUGGGCAGUAGGUUUUGCCAUACCUACCACUUGCCUUGCACUUUCUGUGUUCAUCUUCUUGCUCGGCCGCAACACAUAUAUUAAGAUUAGGCCUCAAGGAAGUGUCUACUCCAACAUGGCCAAAGUGAUAGCGGCGGCUCUUGGUAAGCGCCAUUUAACUCAUGGAGAUGAGCACAGGAUGCCCUUUUAUGAUCCUCCUCUCGAUGAGUCGGUGCCACAGGUCAAAAAGCUUGCUCAUACGGAUAGGUUUAGGUGUCUUGAUAGGGGUGCUGUGAUCGCUAAUCCAGGUGAGUUAAACGAUCAAGGAAUAGCCAAGAACGGUUGGAGAUUAUGUAGCUUACAACAAGUGGAAAUAUUGAAGUCUUUGGUGGCAAUUGCACCUGUAUGGGUAUCGGGAAUUGUCUGUAUGCUAGCCAUGGACCAACAAAGUGUAAAUGGGGUACUGCAGGUGUUUCAAAUGGACCAAUCAAUGGGACCUCAUUUUCAGGUCCCGCCAAGCUGGUUUUCCGUGUCGUCCAUGAUUGUUCUCGCGGUGUGGAUCUUCAUCUACGAGUUUGUGUUGCCGAAGGCUUCACUCAGAUUCUCAGGUAAAAGAUGCAAAAGGCUGACCAUAGAACAGAGAAUCAACAUCGGCAUCGUAAUGGCCAUUCUCUGCAUGAUCGUAGCUGGGGUUGUUGAGAAUAGGCGGCGGUCUUUGGCCUUGCAAAAAGGAUCUUUUGUUGCGCCGAUAAGUGCUGCAUUCCUCUUGCCACAAUUUGCAUUGUCAGGGUUGAUAGAGGCUUUUGCAGCUAUAGCAAUGAUGGAAUUGCUCACGUCCCACGUGCCAGAGACUUUGAGGACUGUAGGUGGGGCGAUUUUCUUUCUCUCAUUAUCGAUUGCAAGCUAUCUGACAUCUUCUCUCGUGAGUGCCAUCCAUAGCCUGACCGGAAUGAAUGGGAAGACAUCAUGGAUAGGCGGCCGAGACCUUAACGAGAGUAGGCUCGACUACUAUUACUAUGUCAUUGCUGGCCUAAGUGUUGUGAACUUGGCAUAUUUCAAUCUCUUUGCCAGGAAGUAUUUGGGUGGAGUUGGGUUCGGUGGUGAGUCCAGGUAGUUCGAGAGUCCUCCAAGCAUGUCUAUGUAAGUGGGUAAAUGGAGCUUCCCCUCGGCAAUGGUUCAGUUCUCUCCUCCUCUCCUAGUAAAUUUUUUACCUUUAUCCCCAGCUCGUGCCCAUUGGGAGCUUGCGGUGAAUCAUCUCCAAUACAUUUCAUGCGCCUUUUUCCAACUCAUUCACCUAGGUCAAGCCUCUCGAUGACUCGUCUCGCAUACCUUUUCCGUUUGAAAACGUAACUCAAAUUGUGACUGUACUUCAUACAUCUAGAGUUCUCAAUGAGCAGGAAUUUGGAAUGGGUAAUGUGGCGGUACUUUUUAAAGUAGCUUUAAUGACAUCCUAAUGAAGUUACCCAUAAACGGUGCUUUUCACAAGAGCAAUGAUACCAGAAUGAGUUCAUGUUUUUGGUUAACAAUAAAGUGAGUGGUGUAUCAUGAUGGACAACUUGUACUGAUACUUGCGAAAUCGUUUGCAGCAGAAUAGUCUCUGCCAGAACUUAAUCAAAGGACCUUGCAUAUCGCAAUCAUUUCAUUAAGGAACUUGUGUUUAGGAGAACGAGAAAUUCUAUCUCGAGAGUCCUCUACAAAGGGAAAAACAGAACACGUUCUUCACAAUAUCAAAGCAAUAGGCGGGUUC